AUGAGCGACGCAAAUCACAAUCAGCCUGGCCCUGAUCCGUCACAAUCAGAAUACGUUCAGAGCGUUUUCGCCUUUCAAAUGGAGCCCAUCGACCCUGCCUUGACGGCGGGCCAGUCCAAUACCCCUCUGCGACCGACCGCGCAGCCCAUCCAGUCUCAGUCUUUUCCUAACAACUUGGGGCACAUCCAGAGCUCGACCUCUCUUCCUAAUCAUCCUCCCCCUAACCCUUCUCACCAUUCAGGUGGUAUAGCAGCCCAGAACAAUCCUAAUAUGAGAGUCAUGGGAAAUGGGAACGGUAUGGCGCCUGCUCAAGGAUCAGCCUUCAACCCACAGUCGCCGUCUGUUUGUUCUCAAAGUCGCCCACAGCCGUCCAUUGAUCAGUCCAUGGCAGCGACCCAAGCCAGCUUGCACAACAACAUGGUCAACCCGGGGGCGCAGCAGGCCGCUCAACAACCUCAACUAUCCUUCAAUGAUUACUUGGACUACACCGCCGCACCCAUGCCACAAUAUGCACAUUACCAACAGCCUGUAAAUGGAACGAUGAACCAGUACCUAGGCCAAGUUCCGUCGUCGUUCGAUUUCUCAACUAUACCUGGCGCUGCCAGCCACUACAACAUUGGCAGCUUUCACAACAACAACAAUAACAACAACAACAACAACAACUCUUCAUUCCGUCCCAACAGUAUGCCUUCAGUGCAGUCACAGGCUGCUCAACCUCCGGCCACCUCCUUGUCAGCGGAUGCGCUCUCCCGUGCUGCGGAGUCUAUGAAUAGCCAAGUCGCUGCGGAGACUGCGAAAAAGAGAGCCUCAAAAAGUGCCACGAGCCAGAUACCUCUACCUGACAAACCCCAAGAAGCAAACCCCGCCCAACCUGCGAAGCGCAAGAGGAAUUAUGCUCCACGCAAGCCGAAGGUGGAGGGAACAUCUGACCCUACAGCUCCUAAAGAGCCUCCGAAGAAACGUCAGAGAACGCAAAAAAAGAAGACAGAAACUACCGCACCUAUCGGUUCGGAGGCCAUUGCUCCCGUUGCACCGAUGGCUUUUAUGCCGACAGCGACGUCUACACCAACAAUUACCCCAGCCCUCUUGUCAACAAACUAUCAUGAAGCUUCUCCAGGAUCGGCCACGUCUGUCUCUAACGCCCCCCAUAAGCAAGUGGCCCAGCUUUCUUCCCAGGCGUCGAUCUUCAACAUGGCUCCCCCGUCGCCUAUUCAGGUCCCGUCGGAAUUUGUGGCGGCGGCUAAUUCUGUGCCGAUCCCAACCUUGAGGUCUGCACCACCAGCCCAAGUGAUAAAUCAAACUCCGGCUACGGAUAUUCAAAACCCAGUUUCUGCUGUACCUAACAAGGUCUCGCCUGUUCCUGUUCCGAAUAUCCCUAUCGUUGCGAAAGUCCCAUCUGUGUUUCCUCGACAAGCUCCAGGUACCGCCCAAGCUUCAACUCAAGCUUUUGCUCAAUGUCCAGCUCGCACUCCGGCACUAGAUCCUACCCCGGAACCCACUCCGACUCCUACUCCUGCUCGAGUUUCUCCUCAACAUCCGGUUCAACCUUCGAAACAGGGUGUCGUUGGGGCUUCAGUCCAGAGGACUCCUAAUGCGGCCUUUACUCCGUCUCCUUCUCCAGCUCCCGCUCGGACUCCUCCUCAGUCUUCCACUCAAGGACAGACUCAGCCUCCUGCUCAACCUCCGCUUAAACCUUCCACCUAUAUGGUGCCCCAGUCUGUCGGUCAGCAGCCAACUCAGCAAGCCGUUCACCAACAGGCUCAGCAAGCUGUCCAGAGGCUAGCUCAACAAGUCGCUCAACCGCCAGCUCAGCAUAUUGUUCAGCAUGAUGUUCAGCGUCAGGCUCAGGCUCAUGCUCAAAAUCAAGCUCAGGCUGCUGCGCAAAAUCGUGUAUCUGCUCAGCCUGCUAUUCAACAUUCAUAUCAACAUGCUGUUCAGCAGCCAGCUAAGCCACAGGCCCAGAAGCAAGUUCAACAACAGGCUCCAAAACAACAGACUCAGCAGCGACACACCCAGCAACAGUUUUUACAACAAGCUCAACAGCAGACCCAGAAUGGUGUUCCGGUUCUAACUCAGCAUGCUCUUCAUCAUCAAACUCAACAGCAAGCUCAACAGCAAGCUCAGCAUGCCCCUCAACGACAGGCUCAGCAACAGGCCCAGAAUGGUGUUCCGAUCCUAGCUCAGCAUGCUGCCCAACAUCAAACUCAGGCUGCCGCUCAGAUUCCAACUCAGCAUGCCACUCAGACUCCAACCGGACCUUCCCCUAAUCCCUCACCUCAGCCAGCACCAGUACCCUCACUCCUCAAUGUGAACACCGAAAGGCUGGCAAAGCCAGUAACCCCCACAAUCAUCUCCCCCCAAGCCGACACCGACCUCUACUGCGUCUUUGGCAUGCACACCCUCCACCACUUCCGCGUGCGCCGCAGCACGCUCAAACACCUGCACCACCCAACCACCCUCACCACCUCCCCCUUCCCCAAUAUCAUGUACAUCAACUUCAACGAAGCGCUCACCUUCCCGGGUGGUACCCCAACCGAGCUCUCCAACGCCCCCGGCGAAUCCGCCGACUCGCACAUGCAGGCUUUCGGCCGUUUACUGCGCCUCCUCGAAGAUCCUGCCACACAGGGCAAAACAGCCUGCGACGUCGACACCAUCUGGCGCCUGUCCAACCUGCAGCCGGCGCUGGGUUUAGACAAGGAGUACUACGUGCGCUGGUUGAGACGGUGUAUGGGCUUGUUUAUCAAGCAGGUUACUUUGCCUGUCCCUGCUGUGCCUGUCACUACGGCCAGCGUUAACGGCGGACACAAACAGAAUCUGAAUGGGAACCAUAAUAACACCAUGGGAAAGGACGAUCUGUUUGAGGAGCGUGAUAUGAAGGGGGUGGAUCUGAAGAAGAAUAAAUGGGAGAAGGCGUUGGAGGCGUGUAGGAAGUUUACGUGGAUCGUGGAGUGGAGGACGUUGGUGGCGAGGUUGGCGUAUUUGUGCAGCGUGGAUAAGGAUGCGGGAGGACGGUUUGUGUUGAAGAAGCCGGGUGGUGGUGCUGCUGGUGGGGGAGGGGUUUUGAAUAGGUUGUUGAUUGGGGAGGAGACGAUUGAUGCCAUUGUCAACACCAGAACCAAAGCCUACCAGUACCUAACGAACGUGGCUGAACAUACGUGCAAGAACUGGCAUGGUCGUAUCAAGAACGGCCAACGCAACGGCGGCUGUCGCAGCAGGUUGUGCAUGGAAAAGCGCAUGGCCGGUUUGAUACAUGUCGUCAAAGGCUUGGGCUUGCAUAUACCCAAGGAAACCACAUCCAUAACAACCAGCGGAUCCAACCCAGAGACACUUUUCCAAGCCCAAACCCAGCCUACCACAGCCAAUGGCAUCGAAUCCACCUUCCACGGUCAAGGAACUAAAAUGACCAUCGGCCUCUCCAUCCACUCCGUUGUUGACAUCCUCAAAGCCAUCGAGCACGAGCGUCGCGGCAGGUACCGUUUCGCGGACGCCAUGAUCCAGCAGUUUGGCGGAAAAUGCUACGACUGCAUGAAGGGUUCGGCGUUCGGGCCGGGCGAGCUCAACCCGACCAACUCGCUGUUCCCUAUCAUUGACUUGCUGUAUGAAAUGCUAUGGGAGUUGAGGGUCAAGUUGCUUGAGUGGACGGAGUUUCCGUGGGCAGAAAAGAUUGUGCUUACCCUUGAGGGUGUUGAGGGGUUGGAGGCUGAGAAGAUGCAAGGCAGAUUGCGGGAUGUUGUGGGCUGCAGUAAGGCGGUGGUUACCAUUAAGGAUGGGAUGGGGCCCGUUUCUACUUCCUAA